AUGGAACCCUUAGGCGCAUCAGGCGCAGAUAAGAAGCGCAACAAGCUUGGAUAUCAUCGGACAUCAGUCGCAUGUGUACAUUGCCGUCGACGCAAGAUCCGAUGUCUAGUAGCAGCAGACGAUAGUCAGGGACGGUGCGAGAACUGUAUCCGACUCAGAAAAGAGUGUCAAUUCUACCCUGUAGACCAACAGCCGCCAACAGAUCGAAAGUCAUCCAGACCAGGAGGAAUCAAAAUGGAGACACCGUCGUCUUCAGCCGACCCUUCAAUAGCUUCAUCUUCUCCGCCACCAGCAGGAUUAGGAGGCGGAAUGGAUCCCAGUGAGAUAUACCAGUACCAGCAACUUUCUUUGCAUUCAGCGGCGACAACGCCGGAAAUUUCGGCGACGGGGUUCCAUCCUUCAGCCGGAUUCUCGGUGGCUUCAAUGGGCGGUUUUGCGAAUGGUACUACUUCACCAGUAGACGGAGUUGCGCAUCCCGAACUUCUACCUGGCCAAACAAUCGAUCCGAAUGCGACAUACAACAUGGGAAAUCCAUCACCGGUGAUGUGGACCCAAGGCCAAAUGUUAACAGCAGCAACACCUCAUCCUCAACAGAUACCCACCGGAAUACCGCAUCAUCCGCAGAUGCUCAGUCCUGCCGCCGCCGCUGCCGCUACCUCUUAUACAGUACAACCCGACGGAUCGAUAUGGCCUGCACCACCUCCACGCUCCAUGACCACAAUCCCCUCACAACCAGACAUGUAUCAUCCUCACCCACAUCAACACGCCAUAUUCGCAACUUCGCCUGCAGUACCACCACCAGAACUGAAACGAAGCAUGACCAGUCCGGCGGCUGCUGCUGCCGGUGGACCCCAGCUUUCACCAUUACAUAGCCCGGUAUCAGCGCAAAUACCGAUCAAUUACUCGGGUCAACCGAUUCAAUACCAGCACCAUGCACCUCCUCCGCCUACUGCUCAAGGCCAGCCCUAUCCUCCGCAAUGGAAUUCGGGUAUGAGUGCUAUACCGAUGGCGGACGGUACUUAUACGACGAUAUAUGCGCCACCCGAACAUUAUCAGAUGGCUGGUCCACAGCAUCCGGCGACAGGGCCAUAA